GAACCCAUCGUCCUCAGCCAAAUACCCUUCGUCCUCAGCAAAAACCGCCGCCGCAUUUCAAUCUCUGCCGCAUUGUGACCGCCGCCGCAUCCUCCUCCAUUGUGACCACCGCCGCGUUUCAAUCUCCGACUAUCUCCAUCUCGGCAAUUGAAUCUCCGCUGCAUUUGAAUCUCCGCCUCCAACAGCGCGAUUUCGACCACCGCCGCACCUCCGACGAUGCGAUUUCAACCGCCGCCUUUUGACGACGACUCUGGAGCAACAUUCACGGUCGGAGCUUCUCUCAUUCUGCUGCCUCCGACACACUACUGCUCAGCUACCACAACAAACCACCCGAUAAGUUUCUGCUCACUUUCACCUUCUCAAUCAAUCUCCACCGUUCGUUUCCCUUCCUCAAACGCAAUUCUCGCUUCUUCGACCGUUGCUGCGCUACCAAUUCUCCGUCGAAACCGCCUUCAGAGGAUCAGCUGCCUCCAUCUUCAGGAUUUUGGAAGAUAAUCUACUUGAAGGAAAUCUGCCAGAAAACCUUGGAAGUUUGAGUAAUCCCCAACACAGAAAACCUUGGAAGUUCACAGGAAUAUUACCCUGCCUCAUAUUGAUACCUGGCCUCUUUUUCAUCCCAGAAUCUCCUCGGUGGUUGGCAAAAAUGGGCAUGACUGAUGACUUUGAAGCUUCUUUGCAAGUACUUCGUGGUUUUGACACUGAUAUUUCAGUUGAAGUAAAUGAAAUCAAGAGGUCCGUGGCUUCAACAAGCCGAAGAACAGCUAUCCGGUUUGCAGAUCUCAAAGUGAGACGAUAUUGGCUACCUUUGAUGAUAGGAAUUGGAUUACUUGUCUUCCAACAGCUAUCUGGAACGAAUGGUGUUAUCUUCUACUCCACUACUAUAUUUGAGUCAGCUGGAAUCUCGUUAAGCAAUGCUGCUACAGUAGGAGUCGGCAUUAUUCAGGUCAUUGCUACUGGAGUUUCAACAUGGUUGGUGACUUGGUGGACAAAAUCGGGCGCAGGGUUCUUUUACUUAUAUCCUCUUCUGGGAUGGCUCUCAGUCUCCUAGUUGUUGCUGUCGCAUUCUUUCUUAAGGGUGCCGUAGCACAUGAUUCUUCACUAUAUGGCUUAUUGGGGAUCCUCUCAGUUGUCGGUGUUGUGGUGCAGGGGAAAAGGAGUAAAUGCUUUAUAGCUUCUUGAAGUAAUACCUUGUGUGAUCCAUGAGAUUGACAAGUGAAAGGACAAUAUUGGUUAUGAAGACCUCUAUUAGUUUUGGAUAUGAUGUUCCAACGGCUACUAUUUUGAACAUUUUUUGUUUGUAUUAGUUUAGGAUGAAUUUAAACAUUAAUCCAAACUUGUAGGAUAUUGUAUUAUAUAAUAUGGAUGUAAGAUUGUUAAUGUUGGAUAAUUAAUUAUGGAUAUGUUAUUGAGGAUUUAAA